UGCUGUGUGUAAAUCACUUGUGGAUUGGUUAUGAAGAUGCUUGCAGACUGGGACGGUGGGACUACAGGCAGCCCAAUUUGUAAUUUAAGUUUGUGUGAUUUUUGUUAGGACUAGACAUUUGCUUUAAUCAUGGAAUGUGGAUGGCAGAAAUUACACUGAAGAUUUCGAGAGGCUUUCUUCAAAUUUGAGGGUGCCUUCAUCUGACAUGGAAUACAACAUCAGCUGGGUCCAUCCCUACGGCAACCACUCCUAUGGAGAUUAUGGGAGACCGGGCUGCCUUUACACCACUGCUGAACUGAUCCUCAUCGUCAUAGUGACCGGCUCGCUCAGCUUCAUCACCGUCCUGGGCAACGUCCUGGUGAUGCUGUCAAUCAAAGUCAACCGCCACCUCCAGACAGUCAACAACUACUUCUUGUUCAGCCUGGCGUGUGCUGACCUCAUCAUCGGUCUGCUCUCCAUGAACCUCUACACCCUCUAUAUCGUCAAGGGCUACUGGCCCCUGGGUGCGGUCGUCUGUGACCUGUGGUUGGCCUUGGACUACGUGGUCAGCAACGCUUCGGUUAUGAACCUCCUGAUCAUCUGCCUCGACCGCUACUUCUGCGUGACCCGACCAUUGACCUACCCGUCCAGGCGGACCACCAGACUGGCUGGGCUGAUGAUCGCAGCAGCCUGGCUCCUGUCUCUGUUCCUUUGGGCCCCGGCCAUCCUCUUCUGGCAGUCCUUCGUCGGCAAACGGAUCGUCCCUGAUGGGGAGUGCUACAUCCAGCUCCUGUCCAAACCCUCGGUUACACUGGGGAUGACGCUAUCCGCGUUCUACCUGCCGGCGGUCAUCAUGAUUGUCCUGUACACCCGGAUCUCCUUUGCCAGCCGCAGUCGCCUCACUGCAGAGCUGCAUAGUAGCAGAGCGAGGACCUCUAGUGGACGACCGAAACAAAGCUGCCAUCUGAAGAGGAGCUGCGUCUCGACCCAGACAGACACUGAGCCAAAGAGCGAUUUGGCCAUUUCCAUCGAAGCAGAGACGAGUAUCUGCGCUAAGCAGGGGAUUAUCAAGGCCCUGAAAGGCUCUACAGAGCAGGCCAACAAUAAUGUCAUCCCCACUUCAGAUGUUACCCCCUCUCCAGACCACUUACCUAGUGAGAUUAAUCAAGACUGCAGAUGGUCCAACAGUAGGGUCACGUUCAACCGCACAGGGGAUAAGAACAGCUCUGCUACCAAGGUCUCCCAGCCAAGCUCUAUCCUUAAUGGCUCCAAUACAACUAGUCAGCUCAGAAAAAUGUUUUCCCCAUUCCCCAGCUUCAGUAAGACCCAGGUGAAGAGGAGACGGAUUGUAGCGAGGGAGAGGAAAGUGACCAAGACUAUUUUUGCUAUUCUCCUGGCCUUCAUUCUCACCUGGACUCCUUACAACGUCAUGGCCAUCAUUGGCACUUACUGUCACUUCUGCGUUCCAGACACAGUGUGGACCAUGGGCUACUGGCUGUGUUAUAUCAACAGCACAGUCAACCCAGCGUGCUAUGCACUGUGUAACGUCACCUUCAGAAAGACCUUCAAGAACCUACUGAGGUGUCAGUACAGAAACACAGGUGUGAAGUGAGGAUGAUGUGAGCUACUCUAUUAUAAUAUGUAAUAGAACAUUUGAUUAUUUAAGGAAGAUGCAUUUGAUUGAUGGACUACGAAGAUAAUUGUCUAUGUAAAAUAGUAUAAAAAAAUCUAACAAUGUUUCAA